AUGGGCAACCUCUCCGGAGUCGUGGCCGUUCUUGCGGUCAUGGUUCGCCCGUCUUUGGUGGUGCCUCACGUCCAAGUCCCCGACAUUCGCCACCUCGACUGGGAAGCGCUCCAUGCCAACGGCGUGCGCUACCUCGUAUUUGACAAGGACAACUGCCUCACAGCGCCACACUCGGACGUGCUCGAGCCGUCUAUCUCAGAAGCAUGGCAGCGCUGUCAGCGUGUCUUUGGUCGCGAGAACAUCCUCAUCGUCAGCAAUUCGAGCGGCUCUUCCGACGAUCCCUCCGGUUUGGGUGCUGAAUCACUCAGCCGCGCUCUCAACGUCCCCGUCCUCUGUCAUAAGCACAAGAAACCUGCGCUAGGAUGCGCCACGGAAGCUCUCGAGUACUUUGUUGCUCUCUCACAUGACCGUGAGACAACUCUGGCCCACGCACAGCAGAUGCCACCUGGUUCCGCCUCGAUCGAAGCCGGAUCUAGUCGCCAAAGCAAGAAGUACUUGCGCGAAAGGCGCAGAAUCAUCAAAACUCAGAUUCCAGUGGAUCAGGGAUCCCACGGGAGUAUCUUGCUGGUCGGCGAUCGUAUCAUGACCGACAUCGUGGUGGCGCACCGUAUGAACGACGAGCUCUGGCGGAGAAGGAAAAAGCUUGGACUUGGCACAGCGCAGCCUGAUGCAUCGACUUCGAGACCUUCACCACAAUGUAUUUCGGUGCUGACAACAGGGAUAUGGGCGUACGAAGGCCGUCUUAACGCCAUGAUGCGACGGCUCGAGAGGCGAGCGACAUCGUUUUUGAUCGGCAAGGCUUUUCAGCCCGGAGCACCUGGUCUGCUUUCUUUCAACAAGUCUGCAUCGCACACAGGCAUCGAAUGGCAAAAAAUUGCUACUGUUCGCGUCGCAGAUUCUAAAGCGCUGAUGACGAGUCCUGCCGAGACCGACGAAGCUCGAUUCGCGUACACGCGAGACCAUCUACCAGCAACGUCACCGAUCGAGCCGACACUCGGCGCCAUUCUCAUUGCGACCAUCGUGCGACCUUUACCGCCUCGUUUCGCGUCGGUCGUCACACGAAUGCUGAACAGCAGGCCUCUUGUAUGGUUCUCGACAAAUUUGCGCGAUGGCUGGAACGUGAUGAUCCGGGGACUUGAUUUCGGCGUUCGUCAGACAGGCAUUCAGGCGCACUCUCAUCGUAGCAGAGUGAUUGCGCAUUUGGCUCAAGCUUCGACAUCCACUUGUUCGCAUCAUGCGACCGCUCCAUCGACGCGCUCUGGGAUCGAGCUCGACGAGGUAGCGCCAAGGAGCAGAGCAGAGAUCAAAAAGCACGAAAGUGCAGCAUCACUCGCGGAUUACAUCGAGUCACGGAUUCCACGCAUCUCGACCACUUGGCUGCCAGCAAUGAAUGGUGCUGCGCAACAACUGCGUAACCGUCUCAGCAACGCAACAGCGCCAGCGAUUUCAGCACAGUCGCUCCUCGCUCGGACUUGCGCGCGCAAAUCCACGUGUGCAACAAACGCAACAGUCGAACGACGAACAUUUUGCAGUGCAGCCAGGCGACAACAGCAGAUGCCUCGCAACGUAGGUCGCGGUGGACGGCCUCGCGUGCCCAUGCGUAAUUGGAUCGCCGCGUUUUCCGCACUCGUCAUUGUACCCGGUAGCUACUACCUCGGUAUGCGACUGCAUGAUCUCAAGGAUACCAAGGCGAUCGAUCUGAACCAACCACUUGCCCCGACCCGAGCGGCUCCCUUAUUGGAUCACGAGCAGCAUCGGUUGCGCGAUGCAGAGCUCAUCCGUGAAGCCGCGCACCCAGAUGCGUCCAGAGCGUUGCUCAAGGCGUCAGCGGAUAGGAAGAGCGAGUUGGAAUUGACUCUGUUCCAUCUCGUGCGCGAGCGAGACGAUAUUCUGGACAAACUCAAACGCGUUCAGCAGCGAACGGUCGAUGCAUCGUCGUAG